AUGAGGAGAGCGAGGCGAUCGGAACUGGAGACAAUUCGGACUAUCAACUGUAAAAUUUUGACUCAUCUUCCUUUCCGAGCUAUUUCAAGUCACACUUUUGAGGGUCUGAGAAGUGUCUUUAGAAUUGAAAUCUCACAGAGUGACUUCCUUGAAAGACUAGAGCAACAUUCUUUUAGCAGCUUGCACAAUCUUUCAGAAAUUUCUAUUCAAAAUACCAGACGUCUAAUGGACAUCAGUCAAGGAGCCUUCAGCAACCUUCCAAAAUUAAGAUAUCUAAGCAUCUGUAACACUGGUAUCAAAAUAUUUCCCGAUAUGACGAAUAUAUUUUCCCUGGAGUCGUAUUUUGUCCUGGAGGUCUGUGACAAUUUACUUAUAAAAUCCAUUCCAUCAAAUGCCUUCCUUGGAAUGAGUAAGGAUCAAGUAACAAUGAACUUGUACAAAAAUGGCUUCAGGGAAAUACAAAGUCAUGCAUUUAAUGGAACCAGGCUUGAGAAAGUGAUACUGAAAGGCAAUAAAAGACUACAAAAGAUACACAAUGAUGCAUUGAAAGGUGCAGUAGGCCCAGAUGUGCUAGAUGUCUCUUCCACUGCACUUGAGUACCUCCCAUUGUAUGGUCUGGACUCUGUUCGCAUACUGAUAGCCCAUUCGUCUUAUUCACUGAAGAAACUGCCACCUUUAAAUAAAUUUAUCAACCUGCAGGAGGCUCAUUUAACGUAUCCCAGCCACUGUUGCUCCUUUAAGAAUAAGAGAAGGAACAAACAGGCCUUAGAUGGAGCCAGUUGGGAAAUUUUAACUAUGCGUUGUGAAGAUGACAGCAGCUCAAUGGAAGUUGUGUCAACCUCACCAUUCAAUUCAUCAGGACUGAUUGGAGGUUCAACUCUAGAUGAAACCCUGAUGGUAGACUCACAAUACCCAGAAUAUGAUUUUUGUUUGACACAAAGGUAUCUUCAUUGCACCCCAGCACCGGAUGCCUUUAACCCCUGUGAAGACAUCAUGGGCUAUGACUUACUACGGAUCCUUAUUUGGUUUAUUAACGUCCUGGCCAUCAUGGGCAACUUAACAGUCCUGGUUGUUUUCGUGACCAGCCAAUACAAGCUUACUGUUCCCAGGUUCCUGAUGUGUAAUCUAGCAUUUGCUGAUUUUUGCAUGGGCAUUUAUCUUCUACUGAUUGCCACGGCUGACUACAGAACUAGAAGCCAGUAUAAUCAGUAUGCGAUAGAAUGGCAGAUGGGUGCGGGUUGCAGCUCUGCUGGCUUCUUCACUGUAUUUGCAAGCCAGCUGUCUGUGUAUACCCUGACAGUCAUUACCCUUGAAAGAUGGUACACCAUUACUUAUGCCAUACAACUUGAACGGAGGCUGUCUCUAAGACAUGCUCUGUUCAUCAUGAUGGGGGGCUGGCUUUUCUCAGUAGCUAUGGCACUCUUGCCGAUAUUAGGAGUAAGCAGCUACAUGAAGGUGAGCAUCUGUUUGCCGAUGGAUAUUGAAACACCACUCUCUCAGAGUUACAUCAUCUUCAUUUUGCUCCUUAACACGACUGCCUUUGUCAUUAUCUGUGCCUGUUACAUUAAAAUUUACCUUGCUGUAAGGAACCCUCACUAUGUCACCAAACACACAGAUGCCAAGAUUGCCAAACGGAUGGCAGUGCUUGUUUUCACAAACUUUACCUGCAUGGUACCCAUCUUGUUCUUUGCCAUCUCAGCUGCCUUUAAGGUUCCACUGAUCACAGUCACACAUUCAAAAAUCCUGCUGGUGUUCUUUUACCCGAUUAAUUCGUGUGCAAACCCUUUCCUGUAUACUGUUUUCACGAAAACAUUCAGACGGGAUGUUUGCAUUAUGCUCAGUUGGUUUGGAUGCUGUAAAAUUGAGGCCAACAUACGUAGGAUGUCUUUCUACAACAGCGGGAAUUAUACAAUGAGGAAUAAUAGCUCAGGAACGGCAAACAGGAGUUCGCAGUUGGUGUUGAAAAUGGCUGCAUUCAGCUCUUAUCCUUCUCCACAAGUGAAACAAGAAUUGGUCUGCAAGCAAAGUUAAUGAAAUCGUUGUCAGCAUGGAUGGACAAUGAAUAUUUCAUUGUUGUAUAUUUGGGUGCAUUUAGGAGAUGUAACAGGAAACCUAAACACAGCAGUAGUUUCUUCUGUAUAGAACUGCUCAUUAUGCAGGACUAGCUACAAUGCGAACCAUUCAACCGUCAAACAGAACCAAUACAACCUGAGUGGAGGAUGUCAGCGACUGAUUGACAUCAGAGAAGAAGAGAACUAAAAGUCCAGUAUGAUGCACAUUCCAGACAAAAAUAAAGGCAGCCCACCAUCCAUGCAUUGAGUAAACAGCUGCCAUUUCUAGGCCGCACUGCUUCUCUCUGUACAAUUUAACAAUACAGAAACAAAAUGAGUGAAGGGAGCGCACAGGC